CCACUCGCAGCCGCGAGCGCCCUCCCGAAUCGCGACAGAGCCCGGGAGCCAGGAGAACAGCCGAGGCUCCGAACCUCCAAGGAGAAAAGAGGCGGCGGCCGCUCAGCGUCCGGGUCCCGGCAGGCACCUCCCGAAAGGCUCAGGAGGAGGAGGGACGACCCUGCCAACAUGCCACCCUCUUGGGGCCUCGCGCUUCCGCUGCUGCUCCCCUGGGUGGCAGGUGGAUUAGGGGACGCGGCCAGUCCAGGGGAUCAUGGGUUGUCAACACUGGCACACCAACCUGGGGUCUGUCGCUAUGGAACUAAACUGGCCUGCUGCCAUGGCUGGAGAAGAAACAGCAGGGGAGUCUGUGAAGCUACAUGUGAACCACGAUGCAAGUUUGGUGAGUGUGUGGGACCAAACAAAUGCAGAUGCUUUCCAGGAUACUCUGGGAAAACCUGCAACCAAGAUGUAAAUGAGUGUGGAGUGAAGCCCCGGCCAUGUCAGCACAGAUGUGUGAAUACACAUGGCAGCUACAAGUGCUUCUGCCUCAGCGGCCACAUGCUCAUGCCAGAUGCUACAUGUGCAAACUCUAGGACAUGUGCCUGGACAAACUGUCAGUAUGGCUGUGAAGACACAGAGGAAGGACCGCGAUGUCUGUGUCCAUCCUCAGGACUCCGCUUGGCUUCAAAUGGAAGAGUCUGUCUAGACAUUGAUGAAUGUGCCUCCAGUAAAGCAGUGUGUCCCUAUAAUAGAAGAUGUGUCAAUACAUUUGGAAGCUACUACUGCAAGUGUCACGUUGGUUUUGAACUGAAAUAUAUCAGUGGCCGAUAUGACUGCAUAGAUGUAAAUGAAUGUGCCAUGAAUACCCGUAUGUGCAGCCUCCAUGCCAAUUGCCUCAAUACCCAAGGAUCCUUCAGGUGUAAAUGCAAGCAAGGUUAUAAAGGCAAUGGAUUUCAGUGUUCUGUUAUCCCUGAAAAUUCUGUAAGAGAAGUCCUCAGAGUGCCUGGGACCAUCAAAGACAGAAUUAAGAAGUUACUUGCCCACAAAAACAGCAUGAAAAAGAAGGUAAAAAUUAAAAAUGUCACCCCAGGACCCACUGGGACUCUCCACCCUAAGGUUAACUUACAGCCCUUCAGCUAUGAAGAGACUGUUUCCAGGAAUGGGAACUCUAGUAGAGGGAAAAAAAGGAAUGAGGAGAGAAUGAAAGAAGGGCUUGGAGAAGAGAAAAGAGAAGAGAAAGUCGUGAAGAAUGAUGUGGAGCAGGAGCAAAGCCUUCGAGGAGAUGUGUUUUUCCCUAAGGUGAACGAAGCAGGUGAUUUUGGUCUGGUUCUUAUCCAAAAAGUGCCAAAUUCCAAACUGGAACAAAAAGAUUUAAAUGUCUCAGUUGACUGCAGCUUUGAUCAUGGGGUCUGUGACUGGAAACAAGAUAGAGAAGAUGAUUUUGACUGGAAUCCUGCUGAUCGAGAUAAUGCUGUUGGCUAUUAUAUGGCAGUUCCAGCAUUGGUAGGUCACAGGAAGGACAUUGGUCGGUUGAAACUUCUCCUCCCAGACCUGCAGCCCCAAAACAACUUCUGCUUGCUCUUUGAUUAUCGACUGGCUGGAGACAAAGUAGGGAAACUUCGAGUGUUCGUGAAAAAUAGUAACAAUGUCCUGGCAUGGGAAGAGACCAAGAGUGAGGAUGAAAGGUGGAAGACAGGAAAAAUUCAGUUGUAUCAAGGGAUUGAUACUACCAAAAGUGUCAUUUUUGAAGCAGAACGUGGCAAGGGCAAAACUGGCGAAAUUGCUGUGGACAGCGUCUUGCUCGUUUCAGGCCUAUGUCCAGAUGGUCUUUUAUCUGCAGAAGGUUGAAUGUCACUAUUGUCUUUUAUAUCUUUAUAUUUGGCUUUUUAUAUCAGGUCUCUGGUUUUUGAUACUACAUUGUAGGACACAUCCCAUUUUAGAAACACAAGCUGGAAUAUUGUAAUGUACCAACAAAAUAUUAUUGUAAGAUGCUUUUUUUGUAUCCGAUGUGCCAAUGUUUGCUUUGAAUAUAGUACCAACUGUGUCGUCUUCAUUUCGGAAUUUUUCCACAUUAUAUUAUAAAAUGUGGAAAUGCCAGUUCAUCUCUGACCCAGCAUAUCUGAUUUUUCUAUGUGAGUUAAUGAACUUCUCUAUACAACAUUUCUAGAAUCCCAAUGACCACAAAGAACAGAGAAAUGUUUGACUUCUAUGAUGCUUAUGGGAACUAUGAUAUUAAACACAAACUUUGCCAAAAUGGCUCAGACUGAUCCUUCAUAGUCAAGCUUGCAUG